AUGAGAGUUUUUCAGGUGAUGCUUCUUGCGUGACGUAUAAUGUAGUGGACGGGAUGUUUUUUUCUACAACAACAAUUCAUCCACCUCGGUAGCGUGCUAGCCAACAUAAAACCACAACAUUUAAGCUCUUUAGGCAAGGUAUAUUAACCUCAGUGUUUUAAACACACUGUCAGAGUAACGUUAACUAUUAAAUAGGCCAUUUAAUUUAACAUUUACGUUAUUAGCUAUCUGGCUAAGUAACACUCGGCUAAUGCUAACUAGCUUACUUUCCUCGACCAUGAGCUCACUAAGCUACUCCCUCCCUGCUAAAGAAGAGGAGGUCUGCUGGACGGUGAAAGAUGUUCUCGUGAAAGAGGAGGAAGAGGAGACUGUUACAGUUAAACAAGAAGUAGAGGAUGAGGCUGUUACAGUGAAAGAAGAGGAGAAAGACGUGAAAGAGGAAGAAUUUACAGUGAAAGAAGAGGAAGAAUAUUUAAGAGUGAAAGAGGAGGAUGCAGUUUUUGGAAUGAAGGGGGAGAUUACUGUCACGUUGGAGGAGGAAGGGAAGACUGGAGAUCUGAUUAACACGAGAGAAAGACCAGACUCAGAGGAACCAGAGACGUCCAAACCAACAAGACGACACCACUGCUCCCACUGUGGAAAGAGUUUUAACCAUUUAAGGGACCUGCAACGACAUGAGAGAAUACACACAGGGGAGAAGCCUUUCCAAUGCUCCCAGUGUGGAAAAAGUUUUUCCUUGUUAGCGAGCCUGAAACGACAUGAGAGGACACACACAGGAGAGAAGCCUCAUCACUGCUCCCAGUGUGGAAAGAGUUUUACCCAGUUAGGACACCUGAAAGUGCACGAGAGGAUACACACAGGGGAGAAGCCCUACCACUGCUCCCAAUGUGGAAAGAGUUUUAACCGGAAAGAAUCCCUGAAAGAGCAUGAAAGAAUACACACAGUGCAGAAGCAAGAGAAACCGUACCACUGCUCCCACUGUGUAAAGGGUUUUAACCAGUUAGGGGACCUGAAAAUGCAUGAGAGAAUACACACAUGCGAUAAAUCUUUCCAAUGCUUCCAGUGUGGAAAGAGUUUUUCCGCGUCAGGGUGCCUGAAAAGACAUGAGAGAACACACACAGGGGGAAAACCUCAUCACUGCUCCCAGUGUGGAAAGAGUUUUAACCGGAACGAACACCUGAAAGAGCAUGAGAGAAUACACACAGGAGACAAGCCCUACCACUGCUCCCAAUGUAAAAAGAGUUUUGCCUGGUUAGGACACAUGAGAAGACAUGAGAGAACACACACAGGAGAUAAGGAUGUAGGCUGCUGAACAGUGGGACAUGGAAUAGAUAAAGGCUGCUGAACAGUGGGACAUAGGACAGAUAUAGGCUGAACAGUGGGACAUAGGACAGAUAUAGGCUGAACAGUGGGACAUAGGACAGAUAUAGGCUGAACAGUGGGACAUAGGACAGAUAUAGGCUGAACAGUGGGACAUAGGACAGAUAUAGACUGAACAGUGCGUCAUAGGACAGAUGUAGACUGAACAGUGGGACAUAGGACAGGUGAAGGCUGAACAGUGGGACAUAGGACAUAUAUAGGCUGAACAGUGGGACAUAGGACAGAUAUAGGCUGCUGAACAGUGGGACAUAGGACAUAUAUAGACUGAACAGUAGGACAUAGGACAUAUAUAGGCUGAACAGUGGGACAUAGGACAGAUAUAGACUGAACAGUGGGACAUAGGACAGAUGUAGGCUGAACAGUGGGACAUAGGACAGAUGUAGGCUGAACAGUGGGACAUAGGACAGGUGUAGGCUGAACAGUGGGACAUAGGACAGAUGUAGGCUGAACAGUGGGACAUAGGACAGAUGAAGGCUGCUGAACAGUAGGACAUAGGACAGAUGAAGGCUGAACAGUGGGACAUAGGACAGAUGAAGGCUGCUGAACAGUAGGACAUAGGACAGAUGUAGGCUGAACAGUGGGUCAUAGGACAGAUGAAGGCCCAAUUAAUGAUGGGUCAGUAGUUCCCAGACACUCUGAAUGUGUAUUGACUUUCCAGUGUUUUCCCUCCUGCAUGUAUUAUAAAGGAUUGUGUUUGUGGAUGUGUUUUCUGGGCGAGGGUUUGGUUUGUGCCCAAGCACAGCUGAUUCAAAUAACCAACUCAUCAUCAAGCUUUUCUUGAUGUGUGUUAGAGGACCUGAAAUCACAUGAGAGAAUAUAGAGGCUCUGUUAUAA